AUGGAAGGGUGCCUAAUUGUGGAUCCAGUUGGAAGAAGAGGAGGUCUGGUGUUAAUGUGGAAGUAUCAGAAGGAAGUGGAGGUGAUCAAUUACUCAAACUGGCAUGUCAAUGUUCUGGUUAAAGGGGAAAAGGAAGGGAGUGAUUGGCACUUUACUGGUUUCUAUGGCCACCCUGAAACAGGAAAAAGAAGGCUAUCAUGGGAAUUAUUGAGAGAAGCCUUGGAGGAAUGUGGUUUAGUUGACAUUGGAUGCAAAGGUAAUGGUUUUGCCUGGUCAAAUAAACAAGAGGAUCUAUCCUUUACAAAGGAGAGACUAGACAGGUUUGUGAUAAAUAAUAGUUGUAGAACACUGUUUAAGGAAUUGAAGGUGGAGAACUUGAUUGGGAGAUGCUCAGAUCACUUACCAAUCUUGCUCACUGGUGGUGAUGGUGACUAUAACAGAAGAAGGUCGAGAGUCCCAUUCAGGUUUGAGGCUUGUUGGAUCAAGCAGGAAGGAUGUGAACAAGCAGUUAAGCAGGGAUGGGAGAAGUGGAUAGUUGACUCUGAACCUAUACAGAAAGUGAAAACUAAACUAAGUGUUUGCAGUGGCAUACUGUCAUCUUGCUUUAAGGAGAGUGAUAAAGGCAGAACUAAGGAAAUUGAAACAAUUUCAAAGAGAAUUAAAGAGCUACAAGGGGAGCUUUCUCAAGAAGGGAUGACUGAGUUAAAACAUCUGCAAGAAAGAGUUGGUACAUUACUGGAGCAGGAGGAUAUAAAGUGA